CGCCACGGGCCAUCAACUCCCGCUCUUCGCCGCUUUCAAACUUCACUCACCAUUCAUUAUUAUUUUCAAACAAGCACAAUCGAAUUAAAAUAAAACAAUAUUUUUGCCAAAAGCUUGGCACGACCAAUGAUAAAAAAGCGCAAAGUAAACCACGUGUGCGCGCAACCGUUGUAAUUUGAAUUUAAAAGACUAAUUAAUGCAAAUCCGGCAAAUGCGUGAAUUUGUUUUCUCGCCGAAUGGGCGCUUUUAAGAUCCGGCUUUGACCGCUAACGUGCCACUAGUUGUCCAUAAAGCGCCCAUAACGGCCGAUUUUGUGCUUUGUUUUAUGGAAGUGCGUUAAACAUCCAUAAUACCGUUGUGCCGGCAUAGAAUUCGCUUCCAUCCAUUUUACGUAGUUAUGCGGAAAUUUAUGUUUGAAUUAAACAAUUUAUAAGCGGCGCGGCGAAGAUUAAACAAAUUCUUUACUCGGGAAAAGGCGGAAAAGUGACAAAAGAGCGAACGAUGCCAGAUAACAUUUUUACAAUUCGAGCGGAUGGGAAGUCGGAAAGCGGGUCUAUGUAGGGAAUCAAUGGGAAUUUUUAUAUAUGCGAUUAUUACCUCCCUUGGUGGUUUUAAAACGGGACGUUAAAUGUCGGAAUAUUAUCCAGCGUUAUUGCAAGGGGUCCGCAAAUGCGGGAAUUUACUUUUCACCGUCGAUUCGACGCACGUGAUUUGGCAUUUUGAGAAUAAAAUAAAAUUUUUGAAAAAGGACAAUAUCUGGUAAUGCCUCCUCUAAUUAAUUUUACUGUAGGUUUUAGGAACAGUUGGGCGACCCGUCCCUUUAUCACCUGAUAAAGUGGACCACGUGGUUAUCAGCCCAUCGCCAAUUAUUCAUAACUUUCUUUGCAAGUCUUAUCACAAAGUUUCCUCUUUUAUCUAUCUUUUGACCUUAAAAUUGCAUGUAAACCAAGCAAUUAGAGAAGUUCACAAGUUUACAACUUGCAUGAUUUGUUACCCCGACAAUUACCAAUUGCACUUUCCACGGUGUAAUUCAAAGUAAAAGAUUGUACCCGUUGUUUAGGUAGAAAGUUUGCGACUUUUUUUGAGUUACCGAAAUGCACGAAGAGGAUCAAUACAGAAAGCAAGAGUGCAUUAUUUUCGUUUUGUUUGUUUUUCUGGACGAGCAAAAUGAGGAUUGAAAUGUACAAAAGAUUUUUAAAUUCGAUUCUAUUUGCAGUUCUUUUCAAUCUAAAACGAACUAAACAAACACAUUUUUGCCAGACGUGAUACACUUUGAGGUUAAGUGAACAAAUCUAGAUUUGAGCUACACUUUAAGGUUCCAUGUUUUCUCAAAUUUGCUUUUUUAUGUGUCUGCAAAUUUUGAAAACAAAACCUUGAAAGUUUCUGUAGUGGCACCAAGCAUAUUGAAGGCAUGCAAAAUUUUUUGACCAUUUGUGGUGAUAUUGUCAUAAGAAGAGAUGAAGAAAAAGGCUUAACAGCUAGUGACUUUGUUGUGACAGUUGAAGAAUUAACUACAACGUAAUAAAUUUUUAUAACUACAAAGAAAUAAAACUUUAUUACUGUGAUUAGUAAACGAGAUUACAUUUGUAAUUUUAUUAGGACAUGGAAAAUCCGAGCUUUCAGAAAACCAAUCCUGUCCAAACACCGUGAUUGUGACUUUUUAUUAUAGAUUUCCGUGAUUCUUUUACUAUUUUUUCGAACCGGAUUUGCAUGUAACUCGAUUCUGUGUGAUAGACACGUUCUGAUUUUCAACUAUCCGUCUUUGUUCCUUAUUGAUUAUCUCUUAUCUUUUUCACACUUCCUACAACACACGUUUUCGCACCAAUUAUUUUCCUAAUGCCAGAACAUAAUUGCUUUAAGUUUUUUUAAUCAAGAUCCCGAAACAAAGAUUUAUUGUGAUGCUAACAGCAAAAUUAAUAUCGGAUCAGAAUCAAGAUGAAGUAUUGUCUUGUAAUAAUUAAAGUUGUGGUUAGAAACCGGAAAAACCGGUUUAUUUCGAACACAAACAUAAUACUGCAGCAGCUCAAUCAAAACCGGAAAAACCGGUUCGCUUCUAAAUAAAACGAAACAUAAAAAGAAAAGUAGACGAAACACAAAGAAGUCGAUCCAACCCUAAGAUAAAUUUAUUAUGUGAAGUUCAACAAACUCAUCUCUCGAAAUGGCAUUCAGAUAUGAUCCGAGAGAAUCAGUUCAAAGUGAAAAUUCGUUUAUUUAAUCCAUUUUCAUGUUAAUUACAAAAAACACUCGUGACGUUUCAGGGAAACUCGGCCGUUGUUUAUAUUUUCGUUUCACUUUCUGGAUUGUUUUGACAUGUGUAUAAUUUCUUUUGUGCAGGAUAUCAGUAGCGAAUGUGCACUCGUUUUGAAUUUGAUUAAGUUGAAACCAUCAAGCAGUCCUUAAUGAAAAUUUCAUGUAUUAUUACAGCGACUUGCGGUUCCUGCUAGGCAUCAAAUUAAAUUAAUUCGUUUAGUUGGAAAUUUUCGUGCAAGCACGCAGCCACUCCCGGCCGAACUACCAAUGAAGUUUUUUAAUUUCAAAAAAUUGCCUAAGCAAAUUUUCAACUAUUACUCAAAACUCCGACAAGGGUCACUCUCACUCACCGCAAUAACUAAUUAUUGUGAACAACAUAAUCAAUCACUAAAUAGAUUUUACUCGAAAGAAUUCUGAUAAACACGCACAUUAUUACAUUAAUUGCCCAAAAAGCAAUUGUGAUUUAUAGUUCAAUUUGUGCACGACUCCGAAAGCUGAAAUAUGCUGAGAAGUGAGAAAAGUUGAAAACCCGAAUUAUUAUCCUCGACAAGGAAUAAUAGUGCACUAAAAACCGUUUAUUUAAUUUUGCUAAAAGUAUAUCCAAUACAAAAAUGCAAAAAACACGCGUAACAAAACUUAAUACUAAGUUUUUUAACUGAGUCCGGAUUCCAGAAGAAUUGGAUGUUUUGUGAAUAUCACUCAAGAAAAUGGUUUGGAAAAGCACAACUCUUUGAUCACCUCGGCUUAAAAGCUUUCCAGCUUUUAGCUUACAAAAAUCAAAUUUCUGCGUUAAUAAUGCAUGUGUGUGUGAAUGAAAUGUCAAGGAAAAGUCGUUUCACACAACUUUAAAUAAAUAAUGUUUGGUAGUGACAGCCAACUGAAAGGAAAAUCUGUGAGAAAGUAAUCUUCAAAUUGCAUUAUCAAAAAUUCUGUGAAUUUAUUUAGCUUUGCUAAGUUAUUAGAGUAGAUGCGAACGCGGAUUGCUUGAAAACAUUUUGAUGUACAGUUGCAAAUGAGUGGACUCCAACUAGCUGUCAAGUUCAUUAAAAAUAUGUCGAGGGUUGAGGGUGGAAAUUUUAAUUAUGCAAAUAAUGAGAAGUGAUUUUUCUGACAUUUUCCGAGCGGUAAUGUAAAAAAUGGCGUCGUUCCGUUCGAUUUAUGAGACCUUUGAAGUACUUUUGAUUGGUUUGGAAAUGGAAUUGGAAUUUCCGAUAUUGGAUAAAAAUUUGCUGGGUAAUAAGCCUUUUUCUUGCAUUUAGCCAUGUUGGUAAUUUCCAACCCAAAUGACAAUAUCUCUGAAAUAGGAUACUGAACACUUGAAACACACGUCAUUAGCUACGAAAGCCCGUCUCGACUCUCUCCAUCCCCGGAGCGGUGAAGAACUCGAGCAGGGACUCUGCCGGCGGAAGGAUGCAGCAGGAGGAGCCGGGAGUCGCCCUCGUGGGACACGUGGACUACCCCCGGUACAUGGAGGACAGGACUAUAGGAAGCGGCGUCUACAAAGGGCCUUCGUCUGGAAGUCUCAAGCACAAACCCAACGUGGGCUAUCGGUUAGGCCGGCGCAAGGCGCUUUUUGAAAAGAGGAAAAGGAUUAGUGAUUACGCUCUUGUUAUGGGGAUGUUUGGGAUUAUUGUUAUGGUUAUAGAAAAUGAACUCUCAAGUGCUGGCGUUUAUCGCAAAGACGAUUUUUACUCAAUUGCGCUCAAAACUCUGAUAUCUGUUUCGACUGUGAUUCUUUUAGGCCUCAUUGUGGCCUAUCAUGCUUUAGAAGUGCAGCUUUUUAUGAUAGACAACUGCGCGGACGAUUGGCGGAUCGCGAUGACCUGGCAGAGGAUCUGCCAAAUCACCAUGGAACUAGUCAUAUGUGCAGUGCAUCCGAUUCCUGGACACUAUCGGUUCGUGUGGACGACUAAAUUAUCCAAUCACAAGGACGGGGGGAUCGGAUCAAAGUGUGUACCGUACGACGUGCCCUUAUCUUUACCGAUGUUCCUUCGGCUUUACUUAAUCUGCAGAGUGAUGUUACUGCAUAGUAAGUUGUUCACGGACGCAUCGUCGCGCAGCAUAGGAGCUCUUAAUCGAAUUAAUUUUAAUACGCGGUUUGUCUUAAAAACUCUCAUGACCAUCUGCCCCGGGACAGUGCUCUUAGUUUUUAUGGUUUCCUUGUGGAUUAUCGCCAGUUGGACAUUGCGCCAGUGCGAAAGGUUCCACGAUGAAGAACACGCAAACCUGCUUAAUGCUAUGUGGCUGAUAGCGAUCACUUUCCUGAGCGUUGGCUUCGGAGAUAUUGUUCCUAACACGUACUGUGGAAGGGGCAUUGCGGUCAGCACAGGCAUCAUGGGGGCUGGUUGCACGGCCUUACUCGUGGCUGUGGUGUCGAGGAAGCUGGAAUUGACUCGAGCGGAAAAGCACGUGCAUAAUUUUAUGAUGGACACCCAACUAACAAAACGGCUAAAAAACGCCGCCGCCAACGUUUUACGAGAAACUUGGUUAAUUUACAAACACACAAGGCUAGUGAAAAGGGUGAACCCUGGCAGAGUUCGGACUCAUCAAAGAAAAUUUUUACUCGCAAUUUACGCGUUACGUAAAGUUAAAAUGGACCAACGCAAAUUAAUGGACAAUGCCAACACCAUAACGGAUAUGGCGAAGACGCAAAACACCGUGUAUGAGAUAGUUUCCGAUAUGAGCACGAGGCAAGACACUUUGGAAGAUCGCUUGACGACGAUGGAAGAUAAGAUCGUAGCACUUCAGGAGCAGCUAGAUUUGCUACCUGAUCUCAUUGCUACUAGAAUCCAAGCUCAGGCGGAGAAAAUGGAGCAAAGACGCAAUUUUUUGCAUCCUGAAUCCGCGGCUGGUCUUCAACAGGCGCGUAGCGUGCCCCCUGGAUGCCCUUGGCCCGGUCCUGCUUUAGCUCCUGCUGGAAAGCAAUCUGCUGCCUCUUCAAACGCACAGAGUUGAUUUCCUUAUUGGGAUUAACUAUGCAACACAGUAUUUAGUCGGUAUAUAUAUUUUAAUGAACAUCAUGGCUAGAACUAGUUUCGGAUUCAGAUUUACUCAUUUCUGGCCUAUUUCGAGCGGACUCACCUAAUUUACAAAACCAUGAUGAACAAUACUAAAUAUAUAUUGAGAAGUUAGAGCCUUAUCUAUAUACAGUAUUAGUAAUAAUACAACCACGUUGAUACUAAUAGGCGUUAGUUACUCAAACGAUUUCAUGUCAUCGAUCAUAAAAUACUAUAAUCAUAUCUCAGCCAAUAGUUAGCCAACUCCAAAUUUACAAAACACUCUAACCAACCAUUAAUGUGCCAACGAACGACAUUAAGUUUUCUUGUACCAUACUAACGCUAUUUUCAGACUUUUAUACGAGAUAUGAUAAAGUAGUUUUUUAAUAAAUCUAUUUUGAAGUCUGAUCUAGACGCGAGAGACCAUCACUUCCUGAAACCAUUGGUCUAGUUAUGCAAUGUGUUGGUCUGACAUUUUCAGAUUUCAAUUUAUAUUUUUAUUCAUUCUUCAGAGCUAUCAAAUUAGUUUAGUCUCAUUCUGCCACAUUCACACGAAAUUGGCGUAAUUAGGAGAUGUGGUAGAGUGCAAAUCCGCAAAUUUGCUAAUUCAUUUUUCAUCAAACUUCAGCCAAAUUUAGGCUAUUAGUUAAUUAUAAAUUCCAUUAGAAAGCUUCGUUAAAUGCUUUAAUUCCAGUAAUAUGUAAUGACUUGACUGACUGAAGUUUUAGAUGUAGUACGCUAUAUGAUUAUAGUAUUUUGUUAAAAAUCUAUAAACCAACGAUAAGCACAUUUACUUUGUGAAUACACAAUUCAUGGAUUCCCUUAACACAAUAGUAAUCGCCAUUUCUAACUUUUUUUAAUCUAAUUAUAUGAUAAGCCUGAAACAGUCCUCAGUAACGGUUCUAUCGUAGCGUAUCAUUAUGUAACAACAUUUUGUUUAAACUGUGCUCGUGGAAGGCUUCGGCCGUGUAACUUGUUAUACAUAGUUUCUAAACAAUACAUCAACUAGUGCAUUUUUAAACAAUGAGUACUUCCACAAUUGACAUAAAGUAUAUUAUUAUUGAUAAACAUAUUUCUUAUUCAGGCAUUUCGCACCGAUUGUACCAUACUUCAUACUUUUUUAAAUCUUAGCCUUCAUUUCUUUCAACUCGUUCAGUUUGUAUAUAGCUCUGUAAAUACUGGAUAAGAAAUAUGAGUGUGAAAGUAAAGCUUUAGAUUUGAUAAAUCAGUGAAAAUACUGGUGUGAUAGUGUAUGGUGCACCUUAAGCAUUAUAUAUUCAGAGGUCCAAAUUGUUAAACUGUUAGAGUUUUCUGCAAUUUCACAAGUUUUAUAAGCAUAUAUUAUAUAAUUUAGUAUAUACCCUAUAUUAUACAAGACGUAUAUCAGCAUAGUUAGCCUGUUUUAAAUUUCUUAGCGUUAUAUAUUUUCAAGUGCAUUUUCAUGUUACCCUACUCAUGUUACCAACGAAUAAACUACUAGUUUCCUAGA